CUCUUUUUCCCCGUAAUCAUUCGCGGUCGGACACCGCGCGACCGUUUCCCGAGCCGCCGAUUUCCUCUCCUCGGUGGACGCAACGCGCGAAAGCCCGCGGCGUCGGCAUCGCGCGAGCUCUAACACACCGCCAGUGCGUCGUUGUGUCUCCUUUCGUGCUCCUCGUGGUGAAACGAAUCGGUCGUCUGAUAGAGAGCCGCAGCGAUGAUGAGGACUCGCGGAACCAGCGCCUGAUCGUGCGCUCGAAAACAGAACCGACAGGGAAAAUACGUUCGUGACUAGCCCAAGUGAACUCUCCUUCUCAUUUGAGGCUUCUCGAGGACAUCGGACAAGUCCAAGAACCAGAGUGUUAAAAGCAGGAUUAGAAUAUUCGUUCUGUUCUUGUGACAAUUUCAGAGACGUCCAAGGCUAGGGACCGACGCCCCAACCGAGACACAGAGAUUCAGAUUCGCCGCGAGGAACCGAGAAGAGAACCGAGGGAUCACGAUUUUGUAUUUGGUCACAGUCUCGAUCGCCAAACUGACUCCCGAAGCGCUUCAACCGUUUCUCGUCACUACGUUCCUCGUCCUCUUCGGCUUCUCCCUAGCUGCACUAGCACGCCGAUACGCUCGCCUUGGACACGUUCACUCUGAUCGGAUACAGGAAAGGUGGCGGUCUGACCUUUCACUAACCGUUGGUGUGGUGCGCGGUCGUAGAAGGAUAGAGGGUAACGCCAACCGCGUAGACAGUGUGCCCAAUCAACAAGGAUCGGGAGAGGACGGUAUUGUCAAGUCCCCCGGUACCAUGUCGGAAAAUCCAGUAAGCUUCGUGGUCGGGGCGCCCGAUCCGUCCGAGGAACUGGAGAUCGAGGAUAUCUUCCCGUCCGAUGGGUACGAUCUCAGCUCUGCCCAGGUGCCGCAGAAUGAGUAUCCGGGAUUGGUUGAACGCCGCAAGCGGCUCAGGCCCAGCAUGUCGCAGGGCACGGUGAUGAUCCAGGCGCAGAGUAGGCUCCAUGAGAAGGACUUCACCAUCGCUACCCCUGAGGAAUUUGUUCAUCGUUUCGGCGGUACCAAAGUCAUCAACAAGGUGCUGAUCGCGAAUAACGGAAUAGCGGCGGUAAAAUGCAUGCGCUCGAUACGCCGUUGGUCCUACGAGAUGUUCAAGAACGAACGGGCCGUGAGGUUCGUGGUAAUGGUCACACCGGAAGAUUUGAAAGCGAACGCGGAAUACAUAAAAAUGGCUGAUCAGUAUGUCCCUGUACCUGGCGGCACGAACAACAACAAUUACGCUAAUGUGGAACUGAUCGUCGACAUUGCUAUACGCCUCCAAGUCCAGGCAGUAUGGGCUGGAUGGGGUCACGCCUCGGAAAAUCCAAAAUUGCCGGAAUUGCUUCACAAGAACAACAUCUCGUUUAUCGGACCAUCCGAGAGAGCAAUGUGGGCCCUUGGUGACAAAAUUGCUUCCAGUAUAGUGGCGCAAACCGCGGAUGUACCAACAUUGCCCUGGUCGGGAUCAGAGCUGAAAGCUCAAUAUAGCGGAAAGAAAAUAAAGAUAUCUUCGGAACUAUUUAAAAAGGGAUGUGUUUCAACGAUAGAAGAGUGUUUGGCAGCAGCGAACAAAAUUGGCUUUCCGGUCAUGGUGAAAGCCAGUGAAGGAGGUGGUGGUAAAGGCAUCAGAAAAGUAGAGAACGCUGAAGAACUGCCUACGUUGUUUAGACAGGUACAAACUGAGAUACCUGGAUCUCCAAUAUUUAUUAUGAAACUGGCAAAAUGUGCCCGACACUUAGAGGUGCAAUUAUUAGCAGAUAAUUAUGGAAACGCUAUAUCGUUGUUUGGUCGUGAUUGUUCUAUUCAGAGAAGGCAUCAGAAAAUUAUUGAAGAAGCGCCAGCCGUGAUUGCCAAGCCGGAAGUGUUCGAAGAGAUGGAAAAGGCUGCUGUAAGAUUGGCCAAAAUGGUCGGGUAUGUCAGCGCAGGUACCGUUGAAUACUUGUACGACACUUCUGGACGAUACUACUUUCUGGAAUUGAACCCACGUCUGCAAGUGGAGCAUCCUUGCACGGAGAUGGUUUCAGACGUCAAUUUACCCGCAGCCCAGCUUCAAAUCGCUAUGGGAUUACCGCUUCAUCAUAUUAAAGAUAUUCGUCUUCUUUAUGGUGAAAGUCCAUGGGGCGACAGUGUUAUCGAUUUCGAUCAACCGCGACACAAACCUCAGCCGUGGGGUCAUGUGAUAGCUGCAAGAAUUACUAGUGAAAAUCCUGAUGAAGGUUUUAAACCAAGUUCUGGCACUGUCCAAGAACUGAACUUCCGAUCUUCGAAGAAUGUAUGGGGUUACUUCUCGGUAGGAGCAUCUGGUGGUCUCCACGAAUUCGCAGAUUCGCAAUUCGGUCACUGUUUCUCUUGGGGAGAAGAUCGUAACCAGGCUAGAGAAAAUUUGGUCAUUGCUCUAAAAGAGUUGAGCAUCAGGGGUGAUUUCAGAACGACUGUGGAAUAUCUCAUUACAUUAUUGGAAACAGAAUCCUUCCAACAAAAUAAUAUAGACACGGCUUGGCUUGAUUUAUUAAUUGCUGAACGUGUUAGAAGCGACAAACCAGAUGUAAUGUUAGCUGUAACCUGUGGCGCUCUUCACAUUGUUGAUAGAACCAUCACUGCUGCAUUUACUGGAUUUCAAACGGCAUUAGAAAAGGGACAGAUACAAGCUGGUAAUGAUUUGGAGAACAUAAUCGAUGUUGAACUUAUCAACGAUGAGUACAAGUAUAAGAUACAAACAGCCAAAUCAGGACCCAAUUCUUAUUUUCUUAUCAUGAACGGUUCUUACAAAGAAGUAGAAGUGCAUCGACUUUCGGAUGGAGGUUUGCUACUCUCUUUAGAUGGUGCAAGUUUCACUACUUAUAUGAGAGAAGAAGUCGACCGUUAUAGAAUCGUAAUAGGAAAUCAGACAUGUAUCUUUGAGAAAGACAAUGAUCCAUCUUUGUUAAGAUCUCCUUCUGCCGGGAAGUUGAUUAACUUUUUGGUUGACGAUGGUGGGCAUGUAAACGCUGGACAAGCUUAUGCCGAAAUUGAAGUUAUGAAAAUGGUGAUGACAGUGACCGCAGGUGAAGCUGGAAGUGUUUUCUACGUUAAAAGACCAGGUGCCAUUCUCGAAGCUGGCACUCUGAUUGCUCAUUUAGAGUUAGACGAUCCAUCUUUGGUAACCAAAGCCCAGGAAUACACUGGUCAAUUUCCAGAAAGCGAAACUCCUGCUAUUUCGGAAAAACUAAAUCAUCUUCAUGCCAAGUAUAGAGUCAGUUUAGAGAAUAUUUUGGCGGGAUACUGUUUACCCGAUCCAUAUCACGUGCCACGUGUACGAGAACUUCUUGAAAUGUUCAUGAACUCAUUGCGCGAUCCAAAUUUACCGUUGCUUGAGCUUCAAGAAGUGAUCGCCACAAUCUCUGGUAGAAUCCCCAUUUCUGUUGAAAAGAAAAUUAGGAAAUUGAUGUCACUCUAUGAAAGAAACAUCACUUCCGUUUUAGCCCAAUUUCCUAGUCAGCAAAUCGCUGCCGUGAUCGAUGGACACGCAGCCACCCUAUCGAAGCGAUCCGAACGAGACGUUUUCUUUUUGACUACGCAAGCUAUAGUGCAAUUGGUACAAAAAUAUAGAAAUGGAAUACGUGGAAGAAUGAAAACCGCCGUACACGAGCUUCUUAGACAGUACUACACUGUCGAAAGCCAAUUCCAGCAAGGCCAUUACGACAAAUGUGUUUCAGCUUUAAUAGAACAAUACAAAGAUGACGUAGCUACGGUAACAAACAUGAUUUUCAGUCACAAUCAGGUUACCAGAAAGAACGUCUUAGUCACUAUGCUGAUUGAUCAUAUUUGGGCAAAUGAACCUGGUCUUACGGACGAAUUGUCGAGUACAUUGACAGAGUUGACUAGCUUAAAUCGUACAGAGCAUAGCAGGGUCGCGUUGCGUGCCAGGCAAAUUUUGAUCGCUGCUCAUCAGCCUGCUUACGAAUUGAGGCACAACCAAAUGGAAUCCAUAUUCCUGUCAGCAGUGGAUAUGUAUGGUCAUGAUUUCCACCCGGAGAAUCUGCAGAAAUUAAUUUUCUCUGAAACGUCCAUCUUCGAUAUUCUACAUGAUUUCUUCUAUCAUACUAAUCGUACAGUCUGUAAUGCUGCUUUAGAAGUCUACGUCAGAAGAGCAUAUACUAGUUACGAAUUGACCUGUUUGCAACACUUGGAAUUGUCGGGCGAAGUUCCUCUUGUGCAUUUUCAAUUCUUGUUGCCUAUAAAUCACCCCAAUCGACAGAAUCAGUCUUCAGUUAAUCACAGAAUUGGAGCUAUGGCAGCAUUCCAAGAUAUGGAACAAUUCGUCAGAUACGCUGAUGAGGUACUAGACCUUUUAGAAGAUCUCUCUUCACCUACUUCAAUCUCGGCCAAAGUUUUGGAGGCAGUGGACGCAAUUGGCAGCGAGUCCAGGCACAGCACGUCCAUAAACGUGUCCAUAAGUACUGCAGAAACUGCCGGCACAGUAGAAAUGGGUGAAAGACCUGCUGAACCGGUUCACAUCCUUAGCAUUGCCGUCCAAGAUAAUAAAGAGAAUCACGAUGAUGCCACUCUGGCGCAAGAAUUUGGAGAUUGGUGUAGUUGGAAUAAAGAAGGACUAAUCGCACGAGGUAUCAGGAGAGUAACGUUCGUUGCUUUAAAGAAGAGGCAAUUCCCAAAAUUCUUUACCUUCCGCCAAAGAGACGGUUUCUUGGAAGACAAGAUUUAUCGACAUCUUGAACCAGGUUGCGCUUUCCAAUUGGAACUGAACAGAAUGAGAACUUAUGAUCUGGAGGCUCUGCCUACCUCAAACCAAAAAAUGCACCUUUAUCUCGGUCAAGCGAAGGUCGCUAAAGGUCAACAAGUCACCGAUUAUCGGUUUUUCAUUCGUUCCAUUAUAAGACACUCUGAUUUGAUUACCAAAGAAGCUAGUUUCGAUUAUCUUCAUAACGAGGGCGAACGUGUUUUACUGGAAGCUAUGGACGAAUUAGAAGUUGCAUUUUCACAUCCGCUUGCCAAGCGCACCGAGUGCAAUCAUAUUUUCCUGAACUUCAUUCCCACGGUCAUUAUGGAUCCAGUAAGAAUAGAGGAGAGCGUGACUAGUAUGGUACUCAGAUACGGUCCUCGUUUAUGGAAGCUGAGGGUACGUCACGCAGAGAUCAAAAUGACAAUUCGUCCAUCGCCGGGCAAGCCAAUAUCCACUAUACGCUUGUGCAUUGCCAAUGAUAGCGGUUACAGCAUAGAUUUGCAUCUAUACACAGAGGUAACAGAUCCAAAGACUGGUAUUAUUCGCUUCGAGUCUUGUCCUUCACCGACGGCAAGCGAUACCCGGAGAACAGGACCCAUGCAUGGUCUGCCGAUCUCCACGCCAUAUUUAACCAAAGAUUAUCUUCAAGCGAAACGGUUCCAGGCUCAAAGUGCUGGUACAACAUAUGUGUACGAUUUGCCUGAUAUGUUCAGGCAACAAACAGAGAAGUUAUGGCAGAAAUAUAUAGAGGAGAGGCCGAAUUACAAUAUAACUGUUCCAAAUCCAGUAAUGGAUUGUGUUGAAUUGGUUUUAGAGGGUGAGAACUUGGUAGAGCAAAAACGUCUUCCCGGUGAAAACAAUGUCGGCAUGGUGGCUUGGAGAUUAAGGCUUUACACACCAGAGUAUCCAGAAUGCGGUCGAGAUAUUAUAUUAAUAGCAAAUGAUUUGACACAUUUAAUUGGCUCUUUUGGUCCAAAAGAAGACUUACUGUUCUGCAGAGCGUCUGAAAGGGCUAGACAACUUGGAAUUCCUAGAAUUUACUUUUCUGCGAACUCUGGUGCACGCAUUGGUCUAGCAGAAGAAGUAAAGGCACUGUUCAAGAUCGCCUGGGAGGAUGAUAAUGAACCAGAGAAAGGAUUUAAGUAUAUUUAUUUGACACCGGAUGACUACGCACGGUUGGCACCACUUAAUUCUGUGAAAGCUUCGUUGAUCGAAGAUCGAGGAGAAUCUCGUUACAAAAUUACAGAUAUUAUCGGCAAGGAUGAUGGUCUUGGCGUAGAGAAUUUAAAAUAUGCCGGUAUGAUCGCUGGAGAAACGUCUAGAGCCUACGAGGAAAUAGUGACAAUCUCUAUUGUAUCCUGUAGAGCUAUCGGUAUUGGAGCAUACUUACUACGUCUUGGACAGAGAGUCAUUCAAAUAGAGAACUCGCACAUUAUCUUAACCGGUUAUAGAGCACUGAAUGCUGUAUUAGGUCGUGAAGUAUACGCGAGUAAUAAUCAACUGGGUGGUAUACAAAUCAUGCAUAACAAUGGUGUUUCACAUGCUACGGAUGAAAGGGACUUAGAUGGUGUUGCAACUGCUUUAAGAUGGUUGAGUUAUUGUCCUAAAUUUAAAGGCGCACCUCUUCCGAUACUACCGUCACCUCUUCCCGACCCAGUUUACAGAGAAAUCGAUUAUGUUCCCACAAAGGCAGCUUAUGAUCCUAGGUGGAUGCUCGAGGGCAAAUGGUCACAGAAUGAAACCAAUACAUGGGAAAGCGGAUUCUUUGAUCGUGGUUCUUGGCAGGAAAUAAUGAAACCUUGGGCUCAAACUGUAGUAACCGGACGAGCCAGACUAGGUGGAAUUCCGUGUGGUGUCAUUGCAGUUGAAACAAGAUGUGUUGAGCUACAUUUACCAGCUGAUCCUGCUAAUUUUGAUUCAGAGGCGAAAACAAUAUCUCAAGCAGGACAAGUGUGGUUCCCUGACAGUGCAUACAAAACUGCCCAAGCUAUUAAAGAUUUUACGAAAGAAGAAAUACCACUUUUUAUUUUCGCCAACUGGAGAGGAUUCUCUGGUGGAAUGAAAGAUAUGUAUGAGCAAAUUAUCAAAUUCGGCGCUUACAUAGUAGAUGGUUUACGGGAAUAUGCAAAACCAAUAUUUAUAUAUAUUCCACCACAUGGAGAAUUAAGAGGUGGUGCCUGGGCAGUAGUUGAUCCGACUAUAAACCCUCGUUACAUGGAAAUGUUUGCUGACAAUACAAGUAGAGCAGGUGUUUUGGAACCUGAGGCAAUAGUUGAAAUCAAAUUUAGGACAAAAGAUAUACUUAAAACUAUAAAUAGGGUGGACACGGUAGUUUUAAAACUCAAGGAAAAAUUAUCUACUGUAAAUUCGCCAGAGGAACGAACAGAAAUAGAGUCUCAAAUACGUAAGCGAGAAAAAGAGGUGGAAUCUAUGUAUCAUCAAGUUGCGGUUCACUUCGCAGAUCUCCAUGAUACCCCGGAACGAAUGUUUGAGAAGAACGCGAUUCAUGACAUAAUUCCUUGGCGAACAGCUCGUAAGUUACUUUAUUGGCGGCUCAGGAGAAGACUUUUGGAAGAUGAAAUAAAACAAGAAGUUCUUUCUACACAACCACGUCUUGACGUCAGACAAGUUGGUGCAAUGUUACGAAGAUGGUUUAUAGAAGACAAAGGUCCUACAGAAUCUUACCUGUGGGAUCAGGAUGAAACUGUAACCAACUGGCUGGAGAGUCAACGUCAAAGCGAAAACAGUGUUGUUUCGCGAAAUAUUACUUGCGUAAAACAAGACGCAGUUGUUUCUCGUAUCAAAGAAGCUCUCGAGGCUUGUCCUGAGGUCAGGUUAACUGCAAUUUUGGAAAUUGCUCAUAGGUUACAGCCAACUGAACGCGCGGAAUUGCUCAGGACAUUAUCACAAAUUGAGACUACUACCCAAGAACAUCAUAAUGAUUCAAGUGCCUCAUCCUAAUGUUUUUGAUAAAGUUUAUAAGAUUCUCUGUCUAUUCACGUACCUGGUGUAUGUAACUCCGUUAGAAUUAAUUGUACAGUCACUCGUUAAUUCAUCUUGUUAAUAGUAAAUUCUACGGGAAUAGUAUAAUUUUGCAAAGUUAAUAAUUGCUUCUGUCGAUAACGUUACUUGAUGGUAGGAAGCAAAAAAAAA